GAAAAAAAGAAUUGGGAAAAUAAGUUGUACUUAAAUUGCAGCACUGAAUCUGAAAGAGAGUUUAGAAAUAACUUUUUUUACGAAAUUUUCGAGAAAAUAUUUAAGAAGAGACCAAUAGAAGAGAAGAGAGGACAGAGGUUUUGCCCUCAAUUUACGAGUGAGCUAAAAUUCAUAAGCGGAGGAGAUAGAAAAGAGAGAAAAAGAGAGAGAACAGGAGGAAAUUUGAAGUAUAAAUUGGGGAUUGAGAUUGAAAUUGGAAAUCGGAGUAGAAAACGUUUCUUUUAGUGAGUAAAGUGGGAGGAGAGACGGAAGGGGAAUAUAUAAGAGAGUGAAAGAGAGGACUUUGUUUGAUGUUCAAUUUGCAUUGUGAUGGUUUGCGUCCUCGAUGGCAGCAGCGGCGAAAGCAGCAGCUGUUGUAGUGAGGCGGAAGGAGCGGCGUGUUGAAGAACUUUACAAUUCGACCGAGUUAGACACUGAGCCAGAGGCAUUUUGAUGUGCUUUAUAGAUCGUGUCUGCUUUGAGAGGGACUUAUUUCACACAAGUUCCUGCUGAUGACAUGGAUCAGAGGCAUCGGAAGAAUAUGGUACCACCUAAAACUCUAAAAAGAUUAAUUAGGUGUUCCUCGAGUCAAAAAGUUAAUACAAAAGGAGAAUCUGGAAACUGCAACGUGUGCUCUGCUCCUUGUUCAUCUUGUAUGCACCUUAAUGUAUCUCAAAUGGGAUUGAAGAAGAAUGAGUUCUCUGAUGAAAAUGAUAGUGCUGCUGUGUCAAAUCAAUAUUUUAUCAAUGAGGAUAAAAAAAGUGACAGCUUACAGUGUACUCACAGUGAAGCAAGCAAUUUACUGAGUGUCAAUUCAAGUCAUGAUUCUUACUCUGAAAAAGUAGAGAGUAAAGCAACUGCAAGGCCAUCUGAUACGUCAGAAGAUGUCGGGAUUCUGAGAACCUUCUCAAACAAGUAUGAUGGCUCCAGAGGUACCGAAGGCCAUGAUGAUAGUUCUUCAUGUGCUGGUAGAGCCAGCGAUGCAAAAGCAGUUUUCAGUUAUUGUAACAAGGAUUUAGACAGUAAGAUUUCAUCUCGAAGUUCAGUGUCACUUUGUAGUUUAGGAUCUGGAAAAGUGCUCUCUUCCCAGAAGAUAGAACUGUCUGAACUUCCUUCAGUAAAUGAGGUAGAUGUUGGUGGUGGUUCACUGAGGAUCCAAAGUGACGAGAGUGCUGUUGGAGUCGGUUCUGAGACUUCUACCAAAAUCCAUGUGAAAUCAGAAGCAGAUAUUGAUGGGGAACCGCUGGAUAAAGCUGGUAAAAGCUUGAAUGAAGAUGAGCACGGUGGGUCGAAUGAGUUGGUUGAAUUGCCUGGCAAGCUGGAGUCGCUGCAAGCUGCUUCUGGAGAUGAGAGUUGUGAAUCCAUUGCUCUUGAACAUGAUGUUAAGGUGUGCGAUAUUUGUGGGGAUGCUGGCCGAGAAGAUUUGCUUGCAAUAUGCAGCAAGUGCGCUGAUGGUGCGGAGCACACAUACUGUAUGCAAGAAAUGCUUCAGAAAGUUCCUGAAGGUGAUUGGCUUUGUGAAGAAUGCAAGCUGGCUGAGGAAACUAAAAGCCAAAAGCAAGGUCUAGGUUAUGAGGGAAAAGAGGCAAACAAACUUGGCUUAUCUACACAAAUCUUAGGUAAGAGAGAUGCAGAACAUCUAGAGGGUGCUUCAGCUCCAAAAAAGAGUGCUGUUGAACCAAAUAUGGGAUCAACAAAAUCAUUGAGCCCCAGUAAAGUACCUGCUUUGUCUCGAGAGGGUUCUUUCAAGAACUUGGACAAGGGGAAAGUGAAGUCAUCUCCGAAACUUUCACUUGGCAAUCAUUCUGGUAAUGACAUGCUGGAAACUGUGUGCUCUCCUAUUUCUGGUCCAAGGCUGCAAUCACCAAGGCGUACCUUACUGAAAUCCAAUUCAUUCAAUGCCUUGAAUUCCAAAUCCAAAGUGAAGCUUGUAGAUGAAAUUGCACUUCAAAAACAGAAAAUUUCUAGACAACAUGAAUCACUUUAUAACAAGGAGGAAGCUUCUAGAGUUAUAGGGAAAUCCAUGUCAUUUAAAUCCAUAAACUCAGGGAGACUAAAUACCACGGAAUCAAAGUAUAAAAUGCUAUCAUCUAAAUAUCCUCCUGUCCAAGAUCUGAAGGGAUUAAAGCAAGUUAAAGAACAGAUAUCAUUAGACAGGAAAAAUUUAUUGAAGCUGGAUCGCUCUUGUUCUAGUGUCUUCACGCCUAAAGUUGAUCAGAAACUGACCCCUCAUGCAGACACAAUUUCUCAUUCAUCUGCAAGCAACAACAGAGAUACUAAGUCUGUCCGGUCUGAUGGAAAACCAAAUUCAGGAGUUCCAUCCGCGAAUGGAUGCAUUUCUUCUGAACAGAAGUUAAACCAAGUUAAACUGAAGGAGGAACCCUCAUCAAGUUCUUCAUGGACAGCUGAGAGGCAACCUAGUAAUAUUGAUGGAAUUAUAUCAGAUGGGCUGUCUUCAACCAAUCAGAGUGAGAGAAUGGGUCAUACACCUGAAUAUUGUUCAGUUUCUCAGGCUUCUGGAGCUGAUUUGUCUGCUCCAAGAAAUUUAAGAAAGGAGAUUAAUAAAGGCAAUAAGUUGAAAGCUGCAAUUGAAGCAGCUAUUCGCUUGAGGCCAGGAAUAUGUGAAAGAACUUCUCAAGAUCCAUCAUCAGUUUCUGUGAAGACGAAGAAUAUGAUUUCUGUUGAAGGUACACAUGAAAGCCAAACCAAUCUUCAUAAUCAGGCUUCCAUUGGUAAUAUGAAGUUGAUUAAUUCACAUCCUACUGAUGCUGUAAUUUCUCCUGCUGGCGAUGCGCCUCCUUUAGUUGCUUUAGUUGCAGAGUCUGCUGUCUCAAAGAUGUUAGCCAUCCCAGAACAUGAAUACAUCUGGCAGGGGGCUUUUCAGGUGUAUAAAAUGGGAAAAACUCCUGAGUUUUGUGGUGGAAUUCAAGCCCAUCUUUCAACCCUUGCAUCACCUAAAGUGCUUGAAGUUGUCAACACUUUUCCCCUCGAAAUCCCCUUGAAUGAAGUGCCUCGCUUGAGCACCUGGCCUACACGGUUUCAUAAUGGUGGGCCUAAAGAAGAUAAUAUUGCUCUAUACUUCUUUGCCAAGGACCUUGAAAGUUAUGAGAAGUACUACAAGGUCCUUUUGGAUAACAUGGUCAAGAACGACCUUGCCCUCAAAGGAGAUUUUGAGGAUGUUGAAUUCCUGAUAUUCCCAUCCACCCAACUUCCUCAAAAUUGUCAGCUGUGGAAUACCUUAUUAUUCCUCUGGGGUGUUUUCAAAGGAAGAAGAUCAAGUUCCUCCAAGAGUGUAUGCAUUCCUAAUGCAAGUAUGGUACGUUUGGAUGGAGAGAGCUCUACUGAUAUCUGUCGGCCCACAGAGAAUGAUUCAACAUAUGGUAGUUCAUGCAAUGUAGCAGUAACUAGUUCUGUUAAAAAGAUAUAUAUCUCAACAGAAAGAGUUGGUGAUUACAAGGUCUCUUCUAUUGAGAACACAUAUGUGGGAAUAAAAGCAAAUUUGGAGGAGCAAGACGGCAAAAUUGACACCAAGUACUUGUCUAGAAAUGCAAUAGGCAGCAUAAAGGUUCAUCCAGACAUGAAAUCCAAUAGUCCUCUGGAGGAUGGCAAAGUUCCAGAUUGUAGAUUAGACACAGAACUCAAACCUUGCCUUGAAGUUUCUGAAACCAAUAUCCUGUUGAUCGAAGUUAAGAAAGAGGAUGUACAUGUACAAGAAGAUCAUCCAUCUUUAAAGGAUCACCCUACUCAAAACCCAAAGGCAGUUACUAUGGGAAAAAUUGAUGGAGAGUCUGUUAAAAACAGGGAGUCUAGGGAUGCUGGAUGUGCUGCUGAUGUAAAUGCAUAUUCAAAGAGAGACAACUGUUGGCAGUCGAAUCAUCAGAAACGCCCAUACUUGGAUCUUACCGUACCUGUCCCAGAAAUGUCUACCGAUGCAAGUGAAAGAAUGCCGUGGAGUGAAGCAAAGAGUGUUUCUAUGGAUGGAGGAAGUGAUAAUAAAAGGUUGAAGACUGGUUUCGGCAGAAUAUACCAAUAUAACAGUGCUAUAGAUGAAGGUAGUUUUAGUGAUAGUGCAGCAUCUGGUAGACAUGGUCUGUGUUAUAGGUCUUCUGUUGAAGAGAAAAGAUGUGACAUUGCUUACAAAGAAAAAGUUAUCCCCGAGGACGGCACGGGAAGCAGAGAAAGGUUCUUCUUUCCCGUGGUUUCAGAUCGUGCAAGGGAAUUUCUGCCGAUUAAGGAUGAGGACAGAGUCAUUGAUCCCUCCCCGAAUCUCGAGCUUGCUCUGGGCGCUGAGAUGAGACCACCAAACAAGGGGAUCCUACCUUUCUUUGUUUCCACAGCAGAUAAAAGUGACAAUCUGGGUAAUGUAACAGGAAAGGAAGAGGUGGAUGAUGUAUCUGCCUCCCUAUCCCUUUCCCUCUCGUUCCCAGGAGCAGGAUGGAAUUCAAAGUCUGUUACCAAAACCGAGCAGCUCUUCCCGGAAAGCAAUCGAGUGGAUACUUCCCUCCUAUUGUUUGGGGGAUUCCAUGACAAAUAGUGUCGUGAUGGUCCAAGGUUUGUUUAUACAUUACAUGAAUAUUGUAAAACUGUUUACCAGUUCACUAGCUAAUGUAACUUCCUUGGAGGCUUAGUGGGAGAAACCCACAUUCCAUCUGUUUAUAACCCAUACAUACAGAACUUAGCAAUAACUUUGCCCUUUUUUUACCCUCCUAAGGAUGCAGACAGUAUCAGCUGCUUGUAUAUAA